AGUUAUGCAGGACAGUACACACGAAGAAGUCAUUGCAAAAGUCGCUUUUUCUUAACGGUAAACUGUAUUUCUAUCUAGCUAGCUAUCUAUCUCACAUUCUGUUGAAAAAAUGUUGUAUUCCAUCAUUUGUAUUCCACGUCUAGCUAAUUGUAUGUGCAUUAGGGAGCUGGAUUUUAUACAGCGGACUGGCUUGCUUGCUUUGUUUAGCUAGCUGUCUGUUGUUAGCCAAUGCUAAAGUUAAUUUAGCUAGCUACAGUAUGUGACAAUGUCUAGCAUCACUCAUUGCCAACUAGCUAAAUUAGGCAACUAUAUUUGCUACAUGGCUAGCUGUAGUCUUUUUAGCUAGCUCCUUAUUUGUCUAAACUUGCCCUGGUCUGUGGUCAUAGUUAUGGUGGAUAAAAUGUAGUGAUUAGAAUGGUUUUGUGUGUUUUAGGUGUGACUCCUCUUCGUCAUCGUCAUGUCGGGUGGUGGUCCAGCAGUGCGUGUCAGCAUCGAGUCGUCCUGCGAAAAGCAGGUCCAGGAGGUGUCUCUGGAUGGCAUGGAGACGUAUGUCCCUCCCUUGUCCAUGUCCCAGAACCUGGCCAAGCUAGCCCAAAGGAUCGACUUUGGCCAGGGAUCAGACUCCGAUGAAGAGGGGACGGAAACAGAGCCCAGGGACCCCCAGGAGUGGGGGAAGCAAGAGCCAGAAGAGGAUGAAAGUAUGUCACCCCACUGACACAUUCAGUGUUUUGCUACUCCAGUUUCAUUAAUUGACUGUAAAGUGAUUAUUUCUGCCUUGGAGAGUUAUUAUCGAAAACCUGACAUCAUCUGAUAGACAUCUGAUGAUCCCAAUAGUACAAUAUAUUUUUCCAUGGCAAAAAUGAAAACACAAAGCAGAUCUAACUCUUUGGUCCUUUGAAAACCUGCUGUCUGUAAAACAUUGUGUGCUAUAGCUUGGAAAAUAAAUACAUGUGACUGGGUGACAACGUAAUGACAUUUGUUUCCAACAUUAGGGCUGUUUUCCUAAAAAAGUUAAAUCCGCUUUGUGUUUUGUUUCCUUGCCACGAUACUAACGAGUAUUGCGAUACUGGUAUGGUCCCGGCCCAAAUCUGAAGCAACACUUAGGAUUUCUAUUAAGCGCCCUGUUGGGAGUUGGUCUGAACAGAAUGGUUGAUUGAUACUUGCUCCUUCUUCUUCCAGCCACUGUAAAAUUCCAGCCGUCCUUGUGGCCCUGGGACUCUGUGCGUAACAACCUGCGCAGCUCCCUGACAGAGAUGUGUGUGCUAUACGACGUCCUCAGCGUAGUCAAGGAGAAGAAGUACAUGGCCCUGGACCCAGUGUCCCAGGACCCCUCAGCCGGAAAGGUAGGCCUAGCUAAGUGUCUUUACGCAGGACCUUUCAAUGCAUAUCAAUAGUCUUAAGUGGUUCAUUCUUCAUUCUGUCUUCAUUUCCACUGAUGUGGAAGAACUAAACUGAUAAUGAAAGCAAAUUCCUGGUACACAAUACACAUCCAACAUAUUGCUUACUUUUACCUAUCCUGUGUUUUGAGGUCACUGCAAGUGAAGGAAAUGAAGCCACUUUGGACUAUUUGACAGUCCCUUCAGAAAGUAUUCACCCAUUGACUUUUUCCACAUUUUGUUACGUUACAGCCUUCUAAAAUGGAUUAAAUAAAUAAAACAAUCCUCAGCAAUCUACACACAAUACCCCAUAAUGACAAAGCGAAAACAGGUUUUUGCAAAUUUAUAGUAAACAAAAAACAGAGAUACUUUAUUUACAUAAGUAUUCAGACCCUUUGCUAUGAGACUCGAAAUUGAGCUCAGGUGCAUCCUGUUUCCAUUGAUCAUCCUUGAGAUGUUUGUACAACUUGAUUGGAGUCCACCUGUGGUAAAUUCAAUUGAUUGGACAUGAUUUGGAAAGGCACACACACCUGUCUAUAUAAGGUCCGACAGUUGACAGUGCAUGUCAGAGCAAAAACCAAGCCAUGAGGUCGAAGGAAUUGUCCGUAGAGCUCAGAGACAGGAUUGUGUCGAGGCAGAGAUCUGGGGAAGGGUACCAAAAAAUUUCUGCAGCAUUAUAGGUCCCCAAGAACACAGUGGCCUCCAUCAUUCCUAAAUGGAAGAAGUUUGGAACCACCGAGACUCUUCCUAGAGCUGGCCGCCCGGCCAAACUGAGCAAUCCAGGGAGAAGGGCCUUGGGCAGGGAGGUGACCAAGAACCCGAUGGUCACUCUAACAGAGCUCUAGAGUUCCUCUGUGGGGAUGUUAGAACCUUCCAGAAGGACAACCAUCUCUGCAGCACUCCACCAAUCAGGCCUUUAUGGUAAAGCGGUCAGACGGAAGCCACUCCUCAGUAAAAGGCACAUGACAGCCCGCUUGGAGUUUGCCAAAAGGCACCUUAAAGACUCUCAGACAAUUUAGAAACAAGAUUGAACUAUUUGGCCUGAAUGCCAAGCGUCACAUCUGGAGGAAACCUGGCACCAUCCCUACGGUGAAGCAUGGUGGUGGCAGCAUCAUGCUGUGGGGAUGUUUUUCAGCGGCAGGGACUGGGAGACUAGUCGGGAUCGGAGCAAAGUACAGAGAGCUCCUUAAUGAAAACCUGCUCAGGACCUCAGACUGGGGCGAAGUUUCACCUUCCAACAGGAUAACGACCCUAAGCACACAGCCAAGACAACGCAGGAGUGGCUUCGGGACAAGUCUCUGAAUGUCCUUGAGUGGCCCAGCCAGAGCCCGGACUUGAACCCGAUCUAACAUCUCUGGAGAGACCUGAAAAUAGCUGUGCAUCAACGCUCCCCAUCCAACCUGACAUAGCUUGAGAGGAUCUGCAGAGAAGAAUGGGAGAAACUCCCCAAAUGCAGGUGUGCCAAGCUUGGAGCGUCAUACCCAAGAAGCCUCGAGGCUGUAAUCGCUGCCAAAGGUGCUUCAACAAAGUACUGAGUAAAGGGUCUGAAUACUUAUGUAAGUGUUAUAUUUCACCUUUUUUUUAUUUUUAUAAAUGUGCUAACAUUUAUAAACACCUGUUUUUGCUUUGUCAUUAUGGGGUAUUGUGUGUAGGUUGAUGAGGGGAAAAAACAAUGUAAUACAUUUUAGAAUAAGGCUGUAACCUAACAAAGUGGAAAAAGUGAAGGGGUCUGAAUACUUUCCGAAGGCACUGUACCUAUGACCUCACUCUCUCUCCCCUGACCUCCCCACUCCCUACCUCACUCUUUACUCUAGACGCCCCAGGUGUUCCAGCUCAUCAGUAAGAAGAAGUCUUUGGCCACAGCGGCUCAGCUGCUCCUGAAGGGGGCAGAUAAACUAAGUAAGUCAGUGGCAGAGAACCAGGAGAACAGGAGACAGAGGGACUUCAACUCAGAGCUGCUGCGCCUCCGCUCGCAGUGGAAACUACGCAAAGUAGGAGACAAGAUCCUGGGAGACCUCAGCUACAGGAGUGCAGGUAUGGAGGCUUUAACUCUCCUCAAAUGUCUAAUUUAGUGUCAUUGCAGUAUUUACCACCUUCUGCACAUUCAUUGUUUUUCUGACAUUAUAUAGCUAAUUUCUAAUGCCAUGUCUCUCUCUGCAGGAUCUUUGUUUCCUCAUGCUGGCACCUUUGAGGUGAUAAAGAACACAGACAUCGACCUGGACAAGAAGCUCCCAGAGGAUUACUGUCCACUGAAUGUCCAGAUCCCCAGUGAUCUGGAGGGAUCAGCUUACAUCAAAGUGAAUAGAGACUGCUCAGAGAACAUACCUCAUUGUGAUAAUGCUGAUGUUCGGCCUGACCUCUUAAACAUUGUGGUGUGUUGUCUUCCAGGUUUCAAUCCAGAAACAAGCCCCUGACAUAGGUGACCUAGGGUCAGUGAGCCUGUUCAGGAGGCAGCCUAAAGCUAAAGCGGGCACUCAGCCGUGGCAUGUGAAACUGGAAGCUGCUCAGAACGUGCUGCUCUGUAAGGAGAUCUUCGCCCAGCUGUCCCGGGAGGCGGUUCAGAUCAAGUCCCAGAUCCCCCACAUUGUAGUAAAGAACCAGAUCAUCUCUCAACCCUUCCCAGGUGAGGACCCUUCACAAUGCUUUUUGGAGGGUUAUUAUAGCCUAUGGAAAGUUAAUACUCCAUGAACCAUGCAUUUUGCAAAAUCAAUGCAUUUGACAUGUUUUUCUUUGUCUGUGUUACCUAGAGUAGUACGUUCUAAGUGUCCAGAGAUGCUUUGGCUGUUAUUUUGCUGUUAUUCACCCCUCGUCAGGUGUGCAGAGUCCUACUCUAGGAGAUUUCUGUAUUACACCACUAUUAAGGUUGUCUAUCCUCCCUACAGGUCUCCAGUUGUCCAUUUCUCUGUGUCACUCCACUGGAGAGAAGAAGAACCAGAGGGCGUCGCCAGAGAAACCCAAACCUGACGACCACCUCUACGUUUUAGAACACAACCUGCACCAGCUCAUGAGAGAGGUGGGUCUGCCUGUCUGUCUGGGUAGAAAAUUAUGGAACUCUAUUAAACCUGACCAUCUAGUAAUUAUAUUGUUGACCAAAAACGUAUUCAGACAAAUACUGACCAAACUAAGUCCCCCAUGUUUUUAAAAAUCGUAUACAUAUUCACGUGUGUAUCACUGCUGAUUGUAUGAACUGUGAUACAUAUUGAUCAAUAUAAAUGCCCCUCCCUCCCUCCCACAGUUCCACAAGCAGACCCUGAGUUCGAUAGUGAUGCCCCAUCCGGCUAGCGCCCCCUUUGGCCACAAGAGGCAGCGUAUGGCGGGGCCCAUGGCAUACGACAAGGCUGAGAUCUCCAACCUGCAGCAGAAUGAGGGCCUACUGGAGAAGAUCAUCAAACAGGCCAAACACAUCUUCCUACGCAGCAGGUAGGCACAAACACACACCACAUCACACAUCAAUAAUAACCUAAUACUGUCAUACUGUAUUUUUAUUUUAUUUUUUAUAAUAUUCUUCUGUCAGGCUUUUUGUUUCACUCAAAGCACCCUUAACGUUUUUGUCAAAUCACAAAUCAGAAAAAUGUUUGCACAAUGAGACCAAUAUGUUACUGAAUUAGAAUUUUACAGGACAGCAACUCAACAUUGACUGCAAGUCCACCCCUCGUGUCUGUUUCAGGACGGCGCGGACCAUCGACAGCCUGGCCAGCCGUAUAGAAGACCCCCAGAUCCAGGCCCACUGGUCCAACAUCAACGAUGUGUACGAGUCCAGUGUCAAAGUCCUCAUCACCUCCCAGGGUUACGAGCAGAUCUGCAAGUAAGUGGAGCAGGAGCCAGGAGGACUGGCCAAGCCAGAGCAACAGAGGCAGAGUACUGUCAAAGCCAGGAGGACUGGCUAGGCCAGAGCAACAGAUGCAGAGUACUCUUUAUACAUGGUUUACAGGACAGUGUUCAGAGAAUUGACUUCUGGCCCAGGAAGUGUCAACAUACCCUCUAGAAUAGAACAUAUGGUGAGAGUGGAGAAUGAUUUAAAAGGAAAAAGGUAGGUUCCAUGAUCUAACAACAGAAGAAGAGGUUUCGCCUUAAUGAAUUACCACCAAUUUUAUUGGGCAAUUAUUCAGCUUUUUCAAUGUUCGGUAAAAGUCAAAAGUAUUGUCUAGCAAAAAAUUUACCAUGGAUACAUUUUUUUCCAUAACCUUCUGUGUGGGUGUGUGCAGGUCUAUCCAGCUGCAGCUGAACAUAGGGGUUGAGCAGAUCCGAGUGGUGCACAGGGACGGCCGUGUCAUCACCCUCUCUCACCAGGAACAGGAGCUGCAGGACUUCCUCCUCUCCCAGGUCGGGGGACACACUGACUGCUCUCACAUCACCGCCAACUGCUGUUUAUGUACCCUGUAUUACACUCAAGUAUAGCUAGAAGCCACCUAAAAUGCUUCCUGUAUGUUCUAAAGUGCAUAACAUUUGCUAGACCUAGUUCUUCACUUGGCCUAUUGCUCCAGGGAAACUUGUAUUCAAAUCCAUUUCAAAGUAUUGAAGUAGCCUUUUUGUAGCUGCCUGUCUGAACUAGUGUGAGUAAGUGUCCCCCUGUGUCUGUCCCCUGGUACUACAGAUGUCUCAGCACCAGGUCCAUGCGGUACAGCAGCUGGCUAAGGUGAUGGGUUGGCAUGUUCUGAGCUUCAGUAACCAUGUGGGCCUGGGCUCUGUGGAGAGCAUCGGAAACGCCUCGGCCAUCACCGUCGCCUCCUCCAACGGGGAAUACGCCAUCUCCGGUACCGUCUUCAAUCUAUCUAUCUGGUAUAUUGGAUGUCAUUCACCUUAAACAACUAAUUUAGUCCGAAAACUAAUAUAAUGAUCUGAAUGACUGAAAUGUAUAACAGUAAUUUUUGUCCAAAUUAAUGUGUUGUAUCUUCUCCAGUGCGUAAUGGUCCAGAGAGCGGCUGUAAGGUCCUGGUCCAGUUCCCACGCAGCCAGAGCAAGGAGCUGCCCAAGUCUGACGUCAUCCAGGAUGGGAAGUGGAACCACCUGCGAGGGCCCUACAAGGAGGUCCACUGGAGUAAGAUGGAAGGACGCAACUUUGUCUACAAGAUGGAGCUUCUCAUGGCUGCCCUCACUCCCUGUCCUUAGGUCUGACCACUAUCACACACACUCUCUCUUGCUGUCUCAGAUUUUUUUCUGUGUGCUGAAUCCUAACUUGAUCCACUUUUGUGGAAAUCAUGCAUUGAUGUUCGUAGAUUUGCUUGGACAUUUGACUUACCCGUGUCGAUGUAAAAAUAUAUAUUAAAUGUUGUUACAGUAAAAGAAACUCAGCUGUGAAAAUAAAUGUAUCAUUUGUUUCCACUUGUCAGUGUGUUUC